UAAUGUUUACUGUGGUAUGAGUUUACUUGUGAUAAUGGGGAAGAAGAAAGUGCUGCGAAUUCAGUGAAAUGUCACGGAAGUGGGUUAAAUGGGGGGAGGGGUCUCUAGCCUCCUCCUCCUAUUCCUCUUCCAUAUUGAUCCUGUUUAGAAACAUUGACACAUCUGUGCAACAACUGUACUUUACUGUGGUCUUUCUGAACACAAGUGAAUUAGGCUUAAUCUAAGAUGGUAUUUAGGUACCACCGGAAGUCUCAUUGUGAUCUAUUGCUGAUUAGACCGUGUAUUUGAGAUGGGAGUUAUGUGAUGUGUUUCGAGUUAAAACAGCUAAAACUCACAUCUGUAAGCCACUUACCAAAUAUCAUCUGGAUACCGUACCCCACAGCCAUGUCCCUUGGGCUCCUUAUCCUCUAAAAAUAGAGCCCUUUUACCAUUCUUAGCAACAGGAGAGAGAAACAUGCUGGGGAACUGAAAGAGAUCUUUUUGUGCAGAUCAUUUUCAGCAAACACAGUGUGUCAAAUGCUUGAUUAAAUCACCUUUAUUUUUUUAGCACUUGAUGUCCAACCAAAAAGUCACCCACAACUGUCCAGACUUGUUCUUCAAUUCAUAGUUGAAGAGACGCGAUGGAGCUUUGUGUAGCUGCAGUGCUUUUGUCGUACUUCGCUCCAGCUUUGGGAUCAACUUUUUGCAUGGAAAUGCCAGCUUCCCAAAUGGAUGAAAUUCAUGAGUACGACAAGCCAUUUCAUUAUGAUUAUGAAUCCCUGAGGAUCGGUGGUAUGAUCUUUGCUGUGAUCCUCUUCUUGAUGGGGAUCUUCCUCAUUGUCAGUCGGAAAUGCCGCUGCAAAGGGAACAAGUCAAAGCCAGUGGGUCUUGACCCAGCGGCAGCCAGAGGUGCAAAAUAAAGUAAGCCAAGGGAACCGAGAAAAAGGUGACACUGCCUCUGCUUUUGGAUUCGUUGUGAUGUUCUAUAGCCUGCAUAAAUGUUUAAGACUGUGUAUCUCUGCUGUGUUUAAUGGAAAGCAUGGCUUCUUGAGGAGAAAUCUUAAUCAGAACCAUUUGGAAAAAGAAAAAGUCACUUGAGAAUUUUGUUCUUCUAGUGUUUACAAUUUUGAAAUUGUCUUUGUUUCUUAAAUACAUGAGAGUAUGAGUGCUCCUUAAGAAACAUUUAAAAAAAAAAAAACCUUGUUUAAAUAAAACCAUUGAUUCUCAGCGACAACUACUUUGCCAUGUUUAACUACCUUUGAUAUUUCAGCCCUCACUUUUUGUCAUGUACUUUUCAGUCUCCCAUUGAAGUUUAUGAAAUACGUGUAGUAUGUGUUAAGUGCUCAGUAGCUAAAAGCAAAAAAUUGUCCAUACAGUUUUGUCACGUUGCAGAAGUAAAAAAUUUAACUGUACACUGUAGUUGAAAAAUAAAGUGAUUUUCAUUGAAA